CGCAAAUAUAAAGAUCAAUGUUUGGAUCGGCGAUGCCGAGGAUUUAUGUUGCGGUUUUUAAAGAUUUUUCGAUGUGAUCGGUCUUAAUUAAAUAAAUAAAAUAAAAUGCCGGCAGAAAAAACUGCAGAUUCGGAAAAUGUAAGGGUGGUAGUGAGGAGUCGGCCUAUGAGUGAAAAAGAAGUAGCGGCAGGAUAUAAAAAUAUUGUAGAGGUUGAUAGUGUUCAAGGAAUGGUUACUGUAUGGAAUCCAAAUGGAACUCAAGGAGAGCCUCCUAAAAGAUUCACAUUUGAUACUGUAUUUGGACCAGAUGCAAAACAACUAGAUGUAUAUAAUCAAGCUGCCAGACCAAUUAUUGAUAAUGUAUUAGAAGGGUAUAAUGGAACAAUAUUUGCUUAUGGACAAACAGGAACUGGAAAAACAUUUACAAUGGAAGGAGUUCGUUCAGUACCAGAAUUGAAAGGAAUUAUUCCAAAUUCUUUUGCACAUAUCUUUGGUCAUAUUGCAAAAGCAGAAGAUGAUAAAACAUUUUUGGUAAGGGCCUCUUAUUUAGAAAUUUAUAAUGAAGAAGUCAGGGACUUAUUAGGAAAAGAUCAAAAUGUGAGAUUAGAAGUAAAAGAAAGACCAGAUGUUGGUGUAUAUGUGAAAGAUCUUUCUGCUUAUGUUGUAAAUACUGCAGAUGAAUUGGAUCGAAUUAUGACUUUGGGCAAUAAAAACCGUGCUGUUGGAGAAACAAAUAUGAAUGCACAUAGUUCAAGAUCUCAUGCAAUUUUUACUAUAACAGUUGAAUGUAGUGAAAAAGGAUUGGAUGGCCAACAACAUGUUAGAAUGGGAAAACUACAUUUAGUAGAUUUAGCAGGCUCAGAACGUCAAAGUAAAACUGGAGCAUCAGGAUUGCGUCUUAAAGAAGCAACAAAAAUUAAUCUUUCCCUAUCUACUUUAGGUAAUGUCAUCUCUGCUUUAGUUGAUGGAAAGAGUACUCACGUACCAUAUCGUAAUUCUAAACUCACUAGACUACUACAGGAUUCUCUUGGUGGAAAUUCCAAAACAUUAAUGUGUGCAAAUAUUGGUCCUGCUGAAUAUAAUUAUGAUGAAAGCAUUAGUACUUUGAGAUAUGCAAACCGUGCAAAGAAUAUAAAAAAUAAGGCUCGAAUUAAUGAAGAUCCAAAGGAUGCUUUGUUACGACAACUUCAAAAUGAAAUAGAAGAAUUGAAAAAGCAGUUAGCAGAAGGAAGUGAUGGAAGUGAAUCGUUGGAAGGUAGUAGUGCUGAAGAUAGUACUCCUGAAGAUGAAGAAGGCAUGAAAAAGGAUAAGAAGCAAAAGACUAGAAGAAAGAAAGGUUUAUCAGAGGAGAAAAUGAGAGAGAUUCAAGCUAAAAUUGAAUCAGAUCGUAAAAUACUGGCAGAGAAAAAAGACAUAGCAGAAGAAGAAAGAAAUCGAAUUGCAUCAGAAUUACAAAAAAGAGAAGAUGAAUUAAAAAGUGCUCAAUUUGAACACGAUAAUCUUGUUCAAAAACUUCAACAAUUAGAAAAGAAAAUCAUAGUUGGUGGAGAGAAUUUGUUAGAAAAAGCAGAAGAACAAGAAAGACUGUUAGAAGAGAGUGCAAGAGAAUUAGAAGAAAGAAAACAAAAGGAGGCUGAAUUAAGACAAGCUUUACAGCAGAAAGAAGCUGAACGCUUAGAUAUUGAAGAAAAAUAUUCCAAUUUACAAGAGGAAGCUGCAGGAAAAACAAAAAAGCUUAAGAAAGUUUGGACAAUGUUAAUGAGUGCUAAAGCAGAAAUGGCUGAUAUGCAGCAGGAACACCAAAGAGAAGUUGAAGGCUUAUUAGAAAAUAUUCGUCAGUUAAAUCGAGAAUUAAGACUCACUUCUCUUAUAAUUGAUUCUUUCAUUCCAACAGAAUAUCAAGACAUGCUAGAGCAAUCAGUUCAUUGGAAUGAAGAUAUUGGUGAGUGGCAGCUAAAGUGUGUAGCAUAUACUGGCAAUAAUAUGAGAAAACAGACAGUGUCUUCUGAGAAAGAUAGGAAUCGUGAGAGCAAUGAAUUGGAUCUUUCAAAUGUCUAUUUGGCAUAUACGCCCGAAGGAGCACAGUUAGCUUUAAGACAGAAAUCUGGACGGGGAAAAUCUGGAAGGUCAAGAUCUUCAGCCAGACCUAAAUCAUCUAGAAAAAUGCGAAACAGUGCAGACAUGGAUUUGCUGUUGCAACAGUUUGACCACUAAUUUAAAUAGAGAUAUAAAGACAUUUUGUUGCCAUAAAUUGUAAUGUAUUGUGAUAAACAUUCUAAUAGUUAUACUCAAUUUGGAUAUCAAAGCUUCUAGUCACUGCAUUUAUAUCUUUAUACAUAA